AUGACCGCUACACUUCAGUUUGUGGUGCCAUUCUUCGUCAUCUCUUUCUGCUAUAUUCGAGUUUCGGUGAAGCUGAACGACAGAGCGCGGAGCAAGCCAGGCUCGAAGACAAGCCGCAAAGAGGAAGCAGACAGGGAAAGGAAGCGAAGGACCAACCGGAUGUUGAUCGCAAUGGUCGCCAUCUUCGGCGUCAGCUGGCUUCCGCUCAACCUGAUAAACGUCAUCAACGAUAUCUACAUUCCAACCGGAAACUGGCGCUACUACUACCUCUGCUUCUUCGUUGGACACUCCAUCGCCAUGUCCUCCACCUGCUACAACCCCUUUCUCUAUGCCUGGCUAGAGCAGUGGGGACAAGGCUAUUGCUUUAGAUUGUUCGGUGUAAGUUUGCGAGAGGGAGCAUGGGAUAUUAGGAGAGUUGUCAAAGGAAUAGUCCCUCCUCCACCACCACAUCGCAUUGUCAGCCCGUCAGCUGAUAACAACUCAAUUAUCCUCUGGCAUCUAG